AAAAUAAUUUUUUCUUUAAUAUUAAUAAUAAAUUCAUUAUUUAUAUUAUUUAUUAAUAAUCCAAUAUCAAUAGGAUUAUUAAUUUUAAUACAAACCUUAUUAACAUGCUUAUUAUCAGGAAUAAUAAUUAAAACAUACUGAUUCUCUUAUAUUUUAUUUCUUACUUUCCUAGGUGGUUUAUUAGUUUUAUUUAUUUAUGUUUCAAGUAUUGCAUCAAAUCAAUUAUUUACUUUUAAAUUUAAUUAUAAAAAAAUAUUAAUUUUAAUUUUAAUUAUAAUAUUUUUUAUAAUAAUAAUAAUAUAUAAUAAUAACAUAACAUGAUUAAAUUUAUCAAUAAAUUCAGAUAUAAAUAACUUUAAUAAUAUAAUUUUCUUCUUUAAUAAUGAAAAUAAAAUUAAUUUAAGUAAAUUAUAUAAUAAUCAAACAUUUUUAAUUAUAAUAAUAUUAGUAAUCUAUUUAUUUAUUACUUUAAUUGCUAUUGUAAAAAUUACUAAUAUUUUCUAUGGACCUUUACGUUCAUCUAAUUAACAAAUGAUAAACAAAUAUAUACCAAUUCGUAAAUCACAUCCCGUAUUAAAAAUUAUUAACGGAUCAUUAAUUGAUCUACCUUCACCAUCUAAUAUUUCAAUUUGAUGAAAUUUUGGAUCUUUACUAGCCUUAUGCUUAAUAAUUCAAAUUUUAACAGGAUUAUUUUUAACUAUAUAUUAUACAGCUAAUAUUGAAAUAGCAUUUUAUAGAGUUAAUUAUAUUUGUCGAAAUGUUAAUUAUGGAUGAUUAAUUCGAACUUUACAUGCAAAUGGAGCAUCUUUUUUCUUUAUUUGUAUUUAUUUACAUAUUGGACGAGGAAUUUAUUAUGAAUCCUUUAACUUAAAAUACACAUGAAUAAUCGGAGUAAUCAUUUUAUUCUUAUUAAUAGCAACAGCAUUUAUAGGAUAUGUUUUACCUUGAGGGCAAAUAUCUUUUUGAGGAGCAACUGUUAUUACUAAUUUAUUAUCAGCUAUCCCCUCUUUAGGAGUUAUAUUAGUAAAUUGAAUUUGAGGAGGAUUUGCCGUUGAUAAUGCUACUUUAACACGUUUUUAUACAUUUCACUUUUUAUUACCAUUUAUCAUUUUAAUAAUAACUAUAAUUCAUUUAUUAUUUUUACAUCAAACUGGUUCCAAUAAUCCAUUAGGAUUAAAUAGAAAUUAUGAUAAAAUUCCAUUUCAUCCAUUUUUCACAUUUAAGGACUUAAUUGGAUUUAUUAUUAUAUUAUUUUUAUUAACAAUUUUAACUUUAACUAAUCCUUAUUUAUUAGGAGAUCCUGAUAAUUUUAUCCCAGCAAAUCCUUUAGUAACUCCAAUUCAUAUUCAACCUGAAUGAUAUUUUUUAUUUGCUUAUGCAAUCUUACGAUCAAUUCCUAAUAAAUUAGGAGGAGUAAUUGCUUUAGUAAUAUCAAUUUUAAUUUUAAUUAUUUUACCAUUUACAUUUAAUAAAAAAAUUCAAGGAAUUCAAUUUUACCCUAUUAAUCAAAUAUUAUUUUGAUCUAUAGUAACAAUUGUUAUUCUAUUAACAUGAAUUGGAGCACGUCCUGUAGAAGAUCCCUAUGUAUUAACAGGACAAUUAUUAACAGUAUUAUAUUUUUCAUAUUUUAUUAUUAACCCAUUUAUUAAUAAAUAUUGAGAUAAUAUAUUAUUUAAUUAAA